AUAAACAAUUUUAAUCAAACAACACAAUUUAACGAACGAAUAUUUAAGAGGCUUAAGCAUUGAAAACGUAUCUUUACGAACUUAAGAGAUUUUUGCUAGAUCGGGUAAUUUAUUUCUACGAAUCCACUGUGUAUAAAUUUGAGAUUUUUUGCCAAUAUCUGCUUGAGAACGGGUAAUAGUCCGGAACAUAUUAGAUCAUUAUUUUUGAACUGUAAAACGUGUAUUUUUAAUGGAGAUACAAGAUUUUCUCAAAGAAGUUUUAUAUCAAUACCAGCAAAAACAAUAUCGAAAAAUAUUAAAUUUAAAUGAAAAUUCGGAUAAUAGAAUUGCCUCAAAAAUUUUGUGGGUUUGGCCCAGUUUGAAGAAUUUAAAUUUUAUUAAAGGUGAACUUCGACGGUAUGGUGUAAAAGGGGUCAUAUCUAUAGGGUGUGGGUGUGGACUUUUGGAAUGGAUUAUCCAAGAACAUACAGGUUUACCUGUGAUAGGAUAUGAAAUCAAUAGGGAAUGGUGGGAGAGCAAAUAUUCUGUGCCACCAUUUAUCAAUCUCAGAUAUGCAGAUGAUGAAAUUCAGCCAAAGUUUGAUCCAGAAUUUGCUAUGAUGUUUUGUUAUUUUAAUGAUGGAACAACUUUUAGGAAUUAUUUACAGAAAUAUAGUGGAAAAAUAGUGUUAAUCAUAGGACCAGCAGAUGGUGCCGGAAGACACACAGCACCUGAGCCGUUUUAUCCGGAUUUUCGUACAAAAAACUGGCGACUCAUCAGUAAUCAAGAAGUAAAAGACACCAAAGAUUUUAUUGCUAUUUAUAUGAAGACUAAAUAACAUAUUUUAUUGUUUUUCUCUCUUGAAUGUUAUCAUGUAUAUGAAAAUGCUUAAACUCCAA